UUAAAAGGAAAUGGUAGCUGAAACUGAACUCCUCGAUGCACAGGAACGAAUAGGAGACACUUAUGAAAGUGCAAGCAAAGAAAAUAUUUCUGACAGAGCAAACAAUGACUUUUCUGUUCAGCAUAGAAAUAGAAAGAUUGCAAAAGUUGGGGAUAUAGUUGCACGCAAGGCGCACGAUGCAGGACACAACGGGGAGAUUAAAUCUAACGUGCUUCAUAGAAAAUGUCAGGAACAUGACGCUGCUGCCGUGAAGAAAGCGAUAAUUACAGACUAUGAUAAUGAGGUCGAAAGGAAACCGCUGACACCAGGUCUCAAAGAGAAGUUUUUUAGCUGGUGGCAUGCACCAGAGUAUGUGAUGGAACAGGGUGUCAAACGCAAAGAUGUAAUACAUCAUCACACAGACUCCCUAUUCAGUACAUCUAGUGGGUUUGCCAACUUCAGAGGACUUCUAAAUCUGUGCAUAGUUCUGCUGGUUUUAUCCAAUGCAAGAGUUGCCCUUGAAAAUAUAAUCAAAUAUGGUAUAUUGGUGGACCCACUGCAAGUGAUAGCUCUCUUUCUGAGGGAACCAUAUAGCUGGCCAUGUGUUUUAUUGGUUUUAUUGGUGAAUGUAUUCAUACAGGUUGCUUUUGCAUUGGAAGUGGCUCUCUCAAAGGGUAUAAUUUCAGAGAGGCUUGGGGCUAUUGUUCAUGGCAUUAACUUGUUUAUUUGCCUUACCUUCCCUGCAGCAGUGAUCAUCUACUUGCACCCCGUGCCAUUUUUCUCAGCAAACACUCUGGCCGCCUAUACCUUGGUCUUUCUCAAGCUUAUAUCAUACUGUCUAACAAACAAGUGGUGUCGAAAAGACAGAGAAGUACGAGCACAAUCUAGAUACCGUCUCCAGCGAGGGCGAUCUGUCUCUUAUCAUGCUGCAGAACAAGUGGCCAAUGGAAAACCAGAGACCACAUUUGUGGUAUAUCCAAACAAUUUGAAUCAAGCAGAUAUAUACUACUUCAUGUUCGCACCAACUUUGUGUUAUGAGCUCAACUUUCCCAGGUCAGCCAGGAUUAGGAAAAGGUUUCUGCUUAAGAGAGGUUUGGAGAUGUGGAUGAUACCCACAGUGAGAAAUUCCAUGCAGCCUUUCCACCACUCUAAGUGGUCCAGAAUACUGGAGAGACUGCUGAAAUUAGCAAUUCCAAACCACCUGAUCUGGCUGAUGUUCUUCUACUGGUUUUUCCACUCCUGUCUUAAUGUGGUGGCAGAACUACUGAGAUUUGGUGACAGGGAAUUUUAUAGGGAUUGGUGGAAUUCAGAAAGUGUGAAUGAAUUUUGGAAGAACUGGAAUGUCCCAGUGCAUCGGUGGGCCACAAGACAUCUGUACAAACCCAUGGUCAGCAGGGGCUUCAACAAACUUUACGCUUCAAUUGUUGUGUUUCUUGUGUCAGCAUUUUUCCAUGAGUACUUGGUCAGUGUGCCCCUGAAGAUGUUCCGUGUCUGGGCUUUUAUGGCUAUGGCUGGACAGAUUCCAUUUGCACUUUUUGUCUCCAAGUUCUUACAUGGCCAGUAUGGCAACAUGGCGGUGUGGGUAUCCCUCAUCAUUGGACAGCCACUGGCCAUUCUCAUGUACUUCCACGACUACUUUGUGAUGCGGAACACGGAUAUCCCUGGAGUCACCAACCCUAUUACACAGUAGUGGCUACCUCAACACUUGCCCUUGCAGACUUAAGAGAUUAAGAUUGAAGAAUUGCAUUAGGGGUUGUAAAAUAUUUAAUAGUAUUAUUAGAAAGGACAGAAGUUAACAAUAAAAAAACUAUUUUUAGGAGAAUGGAUUAUGGAAAAGUGAUUAAUUGUUUAAGGUACCAUUGGUUUGGGGGAAAAUGAACAGUACUGAUUAAAAUGGUUUACAUGUAGGAAGGAAUUGAAAAGAUUUAAGUUUGUUCUGACACAUUUUGAUCACUGAAAUAGCCCAGGUAAUGGUUGUAAGGGUUUUUAAAAGAUUAUAUUUCUGUGGAAAGCUAUUAAGACAAAUGUCUGUAUUAAGAAAGGGUGCACCUGUACUAAAUUGUAUAAAAAAACUAGAUUUUACUGUGAAAUUAAAUUGUUAAUUAAAUGAUUAUAUUAUUACAUGACAUAGAUUGUUUGCUCAUUUAUCAUUGCACAUAUAUAUUGUUGCAAUUGACUGAAACGUGAGAACUGUCUUUAAAAAGAAUAAUGGGGUUUGUUUUUCUGAACAAAUGCAUACAUGUUUGAUAAAUGAUAUAUUGGGGAUGGGAGGGGGGAUCCAUAAGAAAGGUCAGCACUCGUAGCUUCAUGGCAACAAAUGGUAACCAAUUUUUAAAGAUUGUUUUAAUCAAAAAUGAUGUACAAAAGGUAUUUAUUAUGGACAGACACAAUGUGACUGAACAUAUAGCCAUCGCCUGCAUUUGUUUUUGCUGUUGGCUUGGCCUUGGACUUUCUUCAAUUUUUGCUUGAAAACACUGCUAGUUAUUCUUUAACUUAAAGGAAGGAAUGAUUGAUAGGACAAUAUACAGCUCAUGAUAAGUUUGAAUGCCAGCCUGAUUUUACUAUUAUGAUUUCUUUUCUUUGUUUUUUUUUUGUGUUGUUUUCCUUCUUUUUUUCUUGUUUUUAUGUGGCUUUGAAUUUUCAUGGGUCUGAAACCCUGUGCUGGUAAUAUUUUCUGAAAGUCUGCUGUAACAGAAGCAAUAAUUUCACAUUUGUUGUGAUUGUGCUCGUAAGAAUUAAGUAAUAUUUCAUCAAAGUUGUUGAAGACGUGUUUUGUGAACAACCAUUGCUUUAAAAAUUGGUUGUUCAUAUUAAGUCUGUUUCAGUGACAUUGCUUCUAAGCGCUGCCUCAUUUUUGUGUCUGUCAAUUUGACGGCAAUGCUGCCUCUUUAUUUGUAUGUAUAUUUGUAUGUAUGAUUAAAAUUUAUAAGAAAUGCUUACAAGUAUCAUGUUUAGGGAUAAACUACUUUAGAUCCAUGUGUAUCCUAAAGUUUUCAAUUUAAAGAUGUUAAAUAAUGAUAAAAAGUGUUUAUUUGCUGUAGCAAAGUAUGUCAUUUUAAUGCUAUAAUAUAGAUAAUGGUUAUAAUGUUUAAAUUAACUACAACCAUGAAAUGUUUUGUAUAUUUAGUUUAAAUCCGUAAUGAUAUUUUCAAUCAUGCACAAUAUUUAGUAGUAAGAUGAAAUUUUUUUGUAAUAGACUGUCUUGUAUUGGAUAUGGUGUUAUGUUCAGUGUGAUUUUCUGUCUUAUUAUGCUUCCAAUACAAUUAAUGUUUCUACUUCAUGUAUGUUCAAUUGAAUCUAAAAGCAGUAUUUUAUCAGCUCAGUCAACUGUUGUGAGUUUACAGCAGAUCAGUAAAGAAUUGUGGUAGCAGCCAGCAAAGUUGUACAUCUUAAGAUUAGUGAACAACGGUUUUGUGGAUUAUAGUAUGACAGAUUUGUUACCUGCCCGUAUAUGUAGGGCAUGAAUCAGUUCUAGAGAACAUCCUAUUAAUAGCUCAUAUUCUAAAUUUCAUCUGUCUAGAAUUCAGCCAACUAAAACAUAACUUGGAUUCUAGCCUAAUAAAUCUUUUUUUUCCAAGUAAUGAAGUGUUUUUGAGAUUUGCUCAUCUUUCACAAACUUGCAUUUUUCAGGUUAAAUCUUCUGGAUGUCAAGAGUCAUGUAUGGUGCAAAACUGGAAAUUGGUAAUGACUAUGCUAUAACAACCUAUUUAAUAUUGCAUCAAAAAAAAAAAAA